UCAUCAUCAUCAUCUCCUCAGUCCGAAGGCACCCCCGGCCUCAGCUCCCUUAAUCACGUACUCCCGCCGCUCUCCGUCGUCUCCGAUCAUCAUCAUGUCCGGCGUUUGGGUGUUCAACAACGGCGUGGUCCGGCUGGUGGAGAACCCCGGCGAGUGGCAGGGCCGGAAAAUGCUGGUCCACCUCCCGACCAACGAGGUUAUAACCUCGUACGCCGUCCUGGAGCGGAAGCUGUUGGCCCUGGGGUGGGAACGCUACUACGACGACCCCGAACUCCUCCAGUACCACAAGCGAUCAACGGUUCACCUCAUUUCCCUUCCAAAGGAUUUUAAGAAGUUCAAGUCUAUCCACAUGUACGAUAUUGUCGUCAAAAACAGGAAUGAGUUCGAAGUCAGAGAUAUGUAGAUAUAUCAUAUAUGUCUGUCUGUCUCUACCCGUUGGGUUAUCCCAAUUCAUCAUCUCUCUCUCUCGUUUGUUUUUUAUUUUUGAUAUUUUGGGUGCCAUUUUAGUUAGUUCUUGUCUGGGGUGUUUUGUAAUUUGUGUACUUUUUUUUUUUUUUUUUUUUUUGUUUGUUUGUUUGUUUCUUUUUAAGUUGAGGCCAUGAUCUGAUCAAGGUGAUGCCUCGUACAAAAAUUACAGCUUGUAAAAUUUCACAAAAGGGUGACAUGCUUUCUUAAUUGAGUGCUUUGAUUAUU